AUGCCUAGAACCAAAGAUGGAAAGAUUACAAAACCGACGGGUGAGUCUCAAGUCCGGAGGAGGGGACGGCCGGCGAUAGACUGGACCCCAUCACGGAAGAGGAGACUUCUCCGCCUGUAUCUAUGUACUCCCGAGUCCGGCUUGUCCUUGAAGGAAAUCCUUGACCUCCUCGCCGAGGGAUCGUUUCAACCAAAGCCUCGACAUACACAAUGCCUCCUCAACGAGCUUCUAUCAAAGUCCUACCGUCAGAGGAGGCCUAAGAACCGAGCGUCGAUGGAAAGGCGGUUGGCCUAUUUGAGGUCUUUGAGGGAUGGCCGUUCGGCUUCUGAUCCACCAAAGGGGGAUGAGAUUGACUGUGCCAUUCUUUUGGCCAAGAAUCCGUCUAAAUGGCGACAACAGUCGCCUGUUCCCAACUGUCCGACGCAGACCUUGGGUCGAGAGAUGACCCGGCUCAGUAUAUCGCACCACUUGGGGUUGGAACAGGCCAGUGCAAACGACCUGAGCUCGAUACCUGCGGGCUCCUCCACAGCAACAAGCUUCGACUCGCCCGAAGCCGAGUUGAUGCCCGCCUCUGAUGUACCCGCUUCAACAGGGAGGAUCUUCAAGCAGAACUCCAAGACCAUCAAAGAGAGGCGAUGCAGUCGGGUGGAAAGUCUGCGGGUUAAGCUUCCGGGACGCACUUCGUCGUUCCUGGCUGAUGUUGUCAGUCUUUUGAGCGGGCUGUCCAUAUGCUCGAGCAGUAACGCGUCUUCUUGUUCUUCUCCCCACUGGAACCAGCGUUCGUUCCUGUCCAGGUCUAACUCAUCAGCCACGCUAUAUGAAGGACGAGGGAAAAAGAAGUCUGCGAUGCCAGAGGGCAAAGCCAUGUCUCCUGAAGAUCCGAUAAACUAUAGCGACAAGUAUGUGCAGAAUGCCGACAGCCAAGCAAACCAGGAGCUUCUCAACCACUGUUGCAGCAAAAAGGCAUGGUGCAUCCACAGGCGCAUCAGUGCCGUGUGUUUUGGAAACCGGUCGGCCGAUACCUUUGUCUGCGCCGCGGAGGAGGUUAACGACCAGGAUGGACUUGGAAAUACAGCCCUCCACGUCGCUGCCCGAUGGAUAGCUCCCUGGCCCGUCCUAUUCCGGAUCAUGACGAUGUCGACAACCAUAACCCUCAACACGCCGAACCACUUGAACGAACUCUUUCUUCACGUGUUCAAUCCUAGAUCACUCGACAUCGACGAGCUCGCUCACCUCACAAAAUAUCUUGUCGGACGCGAGUUUAAUCUCUGUCAAUUGGAUUCUUCUGGGAUGACAUUUAUCGACCGUCUUCUCACCCGCCCUGACUUCACGAUUGAGGCCCUCGAAGCCAUCUUCUCCUACCUCCCCGAAGCUACUCGCCUCUUUCUCCUACGAAAUCCCUCCAGUCCCAGCCUCAACCCUCACCAUACGCCCCAACCACCUCUAAUCCAAGCCAUCCGGGCUCGUCUGAACGUCAUCGAAGGCAACAGCCUCAUCCCCGACCCGUCCCAACUCGAAGCCGCCUCUGCCUACUGCGACUACUUCCUUUCCCGCUACGGCACCGCCUACCGGACCGUAUGGAUCAAACCGCCCUCGCUGUUCGCCCACGUCCCCGUUGACCCUCAAGGUCGCAACAACCUUCACCAAAUCGUCGCGUCCCUCAACGUCGGGCGCAACAUGUGUCCGCCCACCGCCGAAAACCUCUGCUACUACGCCCCUCCCUCUUCUACCUCUCCCCCCUCUUGUCCUUCGCUCAGCGACACCAGCUUCCUUGACCUCGACCUCGAUCUCGAUCUUGACGUUGGAGUCGGAGUUGAACCCACCGCCAUCAUGGCCGUCAACCCUCACCAAAACCUACACCAUCAAAGAUCCCCCACGACCAGCUCAACCAUCAGCACCACAUCAACGACAACCAGCCUCUCCUUCCCCAAUGUCCUCGCCCUCGUCCUCUCCGGUGACCACGUCCCCGAAGACCCCAACAACCGCGACCUCCCGCACUUCCGCACGCCCCUCAUGACCCUCCUCCGGCAGUUCGCAUGGGGCAACUACUCCCACUCCCACUCCCACUACCCCUCCCCCAACAACAUGAUAGUAGAAUGCCUACAUCUCCUUCUCGCACGCGGGGCGCAGCCGGAGCUGGUUGACAUCGACGGCAACAAUGCCCUUCAUCACGCUGCCGAGCUGGGACUGUUGAGUGCUGUGGUGGAGCUAUGCCAGCAAAACCCCGAUCUGGGAAGAGUGAUGAAUCGAAGGGGCCAGACACCCCUCGACUUGGCGAUCCAGAGGAUGGGUGUUAAAGGGUACAUGCCGAUGACGGAGGGGAUGAGGAGGGCGGCAGGGGUGGGAGGCAUGCGGAGGUUGUGCUGUUUUUGGAGACGGGGGUUGUUAUGCCUGGUGAUGAGUAGGUGCGUGCAGUGCAGUCAGUGUAUGAUGAUGUCCUGUCCUUUUCCUUUCCUUUUUUUCUUUUCGGCGUUUUUGGUUUUGACUAAACUGGGUUCGUGUGGGUUGGUUAAGUGCUUUUUGAUGUUGGCGUGA